ACACAAAUAGUGCCGCGCAUUGAUUAGACCAACAAGGCCAACCUGCUGCUCGACUCUAUUCCAGUUGAUCAGGCUUCACCAGAGGAAUCACAUCGCCGCGAUGUCACGCCUCGCCAAAAUAUCAAUAUGCGAGCUAAAGAACAAUACCAGGUCUUUCAGCUCCGGCGGUUCCCUCGCGCCGGCCGUCAAAAUGUACCUAAAUGGGAAAUUCGUUGACUCUAAGACGUCGGAAUUCAUCGAUGUCCACAACCCGGCUACAAACGAGGUUGUCUGCAGAACACCAAAAUCGAUGAAAACCGAAAUGGAGAGCGCCGUCGAGUCGGCGAAAGCCGCUUACGAAAAGUGGCGAUGGAGUAGCGUCGUUACGCGUCAACAGGUCAUGCUCAAGUACCAAGCCCUUAUCAGAGCGAACAUGAAAAGAAUCGCCGAGAACAUUGUCGAGGAGAAUGGAAAGACGAUGGUCGACGCGGAGGGUGACGUGCUGCGUGGACUCCAGGUCGUUGAGAACUGCGCCGGGAUCCCGUCUCUCCUCCUGGGGGAAAGCAUGCCGAACAUAGCCACGGACAUGGACACGAUUUCGUACCGGCUUCCUUUGGGCGUGACUGCGGCGAUCUGCCCGUUCAAUUUCCCCGCGAUGAUUCCAUUGUGGUCAAUACCGGUUUCCGUCGCCUGCGGCAACGCGGUUAUCAUAAAACCGUCCGAGAGAGUUCCCGGGGCCACGAUGAUCCUCGCUGAGUUAUUCGCCGAGGCCGGAGCACCGCCGGGCAUCCUCAACAUCAUUCACGGGCAACACGAGGCCGUUGAUUUUAUAUGCGAACAUCCGGACAUCAAAGCCAUCUCCUUUGUCGGCUCGGACCAGGCCGGUAAAUACAUCUACAAGAAGGGUUCCGCCCACGGUAAGCGGGUGCAGUGUAACCUCGGGGCAAAAAACCACUGCGUGGUGAUGCCGGAUGCCAAUAAGAACAAAACGAUAAGUCAGAUCGUCGGGGCAGCUUUCGGAGCGGCGGGUCAACGUUGCAUGGCCCUGUCGACGGCGAUUUUCGUGGGGAAGUCGCAGGAGUGGAUCGCCGACAUCGUCAGCGCUGCUAAGGGCCUCAAAGUGAACGCCGGGCAUGUUCCAGGCGCCGAUCUGGGCCCGGUGAUAUCGCCGCAGAGCAAGCAGCGCAUCCUCGACAUCAUCGACGCCGACCUGAAGAAGGGCGCCUCGCUUCCGCUCGACGGAAGAGGCGUCGAGGUACCGGGAUUCGAGAAGGGCAACUUCGUCGGGCCGACCGUCAUCACCGGCGUCAAACUCGACAUGCGUUGCUACAAGGAGGAGAUAUUCGGACCUGUUCUUGUCUGCAUCAACGCCGACACUCUGGAUCAGGCCAUCGACAUCAUCAACGCCAAUCCGUAUGGAAAUGGAACAGCUAUUUUCACCACCAACGGCGCAACUGCCAGGAGCUUCACUCAUCGGGCUGACGUCGGUCAGGUCGGCAUCAACGUUCCAAUUCCGGUACCGCUUCCGAUGUUCAGCUUCACCGGCAGCAGGGCUUCAUUCCUUGGAGAUAAUAAUUUCUAUGGGAAAUACGGAAUUAACUUCCUCACGCAGACGAAGACGAUCACGCAGCUCUGGCCCUCGGCGGAUGCGACACACGUAACAUCGGCGACCGCAAUGCCCACGAUAAAUUGAAUUCGAAAAUAAAAAAUUGAAGAGAAAACGAGGAGACGAUGUUCCGAAAAGGCUGAUACUGUUGGGUACCGAAUAAAUUUUUUUUCCGAUAUACGGAGCGACCGACGUUUGUGUAAAAUGGAUUAAUAACACCGUCUGCGUGCAGACAAUUGAUUUAUAUUUACUAACGUGGAUUGAAACAGGCACAGGUGUGGAUAGGCGCAGCACUUGGUACCGAGUCGAACCACAACUAGCUUUUAGCCGGUCUGAGGCUGGUAGGUAUUAAAUCGAUUCCGCAUAAAGUUUAAUUCUUUAACCAACGUUGAAAGGAGGCGGAAGAGAAAUGUGCAGAAAAACCGUAUUCCGAGUAGGAGAUCUGAAGGUCCUUUGAAAAUCAAUUCAUGCGAAAUAAAACCCCAGUGCUGUCACAGAUAUACCAAAGAUAUGCACGCAAAGUACGGCCACGGUAUAGAACUAAGUUCAUUCAUUUUAUCACACGAUAAGGUCUUCCAUUUAGGUAUACAUACACAAUGUACGUACGUAUGCAUGUAGGUAUAACACGGAGUUGCGUAUCGCC